AUGAAGUUGCCACCAGAUUAUGCUGAAAUUCAAGGAGAAACGGUAUCUCCUACUGCUGUUUGUAGAUUGCAUAAGUCCAUAUAUGGAUUAAAGCAAACAUCUCGACAAUGGUUUCUUAAGUUCAAGACUACUUUAGUAGGUCUUGGUUUUGAGACAUGUCACAGUGAUCACACCUUGUUCGUCAAAGCAACAUGUGAAGAAUUUCUUGUUGUCUUGGUGUAUGUUGAUGACAUAUUAAUAGCUAAUACAGAUGUUGCAGCUGCUGGUCAUUUGCGAGAUCAGUUGAGUUCUCAUUUCCAGUUAAGAGAUCUUGGUCCUCCGAAGUUUUUCCUUGGUAUUGAGAUUGCUAGGAGUGAUGCAGGUAUAACUCUUACUCAGAUGAAAUACGUUCUGGAUCUCUUGGAGGAAACAGGUUUCCCGGACUUCAAACCUUCUCCUAUUCCAAUGAAGCCUGAUCAGCAGAUGUCAUUAACUGGUUUGUUUCACAAGAAGUCUUCUCCUAAGGUGGUACUCGAGGAGGUAGAACCAGGUUCUGAUUCUCUCACUACUUCACCAAAUCCUGUGCUUUUAUCUACUAGUGAGAGUGCACUUCUUCCUGAUGCUAAGCAAUAUAGAAGAUUGAUUGGUAAAUUGCAAUAUCUGACCAUCACUAGACCUGACAUCUGUUUUGCGGUGUCUAAACUGGUGCAAUAUUGUUCGGCUCCACGGAAGUUUCAUCUUCAAGCUGCUCACAAGAUCCUGCGAUACUUGAAAGGGACCAUUGGACAAGGUCUUUUCUACGGUAAAGAUAAUGAUUUUUCUCUUCGUGGGUUUUCUGAUGCAGACUGGGGUGCUUGUCCUGACAUUAGUAGGUCAGUGACAGGAUUUGCGAUAUUUCUUGGUCAGUCAUUGAUAUCUUGGAAAUCCAAGAAACAACAGAUGGUCUCAAUGAGCUCUGCAGAAUCUAAAUACAGAGCGAUGAGCAAAGCUACCAAGGAUUUGAUCUCGUUCACAUACAUUUUGAAGGCAUUGAGGAUUCCUUUCUCUUAUCCUGCCUAUUUGUAUUGUGACAACACCGCAGCUCUUCACAUUGCUAGUCAUUCCGUUUAUCAUGAGCGUACUAAACACAUAGAGAUGGAUUGUCAUAAGGUUUGUGAGGCGAUUGAGGAUGGCGUUCUCAAAACUAUGUUUGUGCAGAUAGACAAUCAGUUGGCCGAUGUUUUAACAAAGGCUCUUCAUCCAGCUCCUUUCAGAGACAAUAUUCGCAAGAUGGGAGUUAUUAAUAUCUACUCAUCUCCAUCUUGA